AUCCCAACAACGUUAGAAACACGGGGGCUUUCUUGGUUUCGCAUUUUAACUUUGUUUUAGUUUAGUUUUUUAAUUAUUACUUAAUUAUUUUCUUAUAUUAUUACUCUAUUUCUCGACAGAGAAAAAUAAUAAGACAGGUGAUGUCCAGAAUGAAUCUACUCCUGACCGACCUCGUAUUUGGCGUGAACCACGUCCCCUCAAAUUACAUCCGGCCAAUUUCCGACCGGCCAAAUCUGAUGGAGGUCGAGAAAUCGGAGGGUUCCAACCUCAUUCCAGUUAUUGAUCUUCAGGGCCUCCAAGGCCCUGACCGCUCGCAUGUCAUCGCAAAGAUUGGUCUCGCGUGCCAACACCACGGUUUCUUUCAGGUUAAAAAUCAUGGGGUACCGGAGACGAUGAUCGAGAACGUACAGAGGAUAGCUAGGGAGUUUUUCCGGUUGCCGGAAAGUGAGAGGUUGAAAAACUACUCAGAUGACCCUUCUAAGACCACAAGGCUGUCCACUAGCUUCAACGUUAAGACGGAGAAGGUUUCCAACUGGAGAGAUUUCUUGAGGCUCCAUUGUUACCCACUUCAAAACUACGUGCACGACUGGCCCACAAACCCUCCGUCUUUCAGGGAGGAGGUGGCGGAGUACUGCAUGAGCGUAAGAGGGCUAACUCUGAGGCUGCUUGGAGCCAUAUCAGAGAGCUUAGGCCUUGACAGAGACUACGUCAGUGGACAACUUGGCAGCCAUGGCCAACACAUGGCUAUGAACUAUUACCCGCCGUGUCCCGAACCGGAGUUGACUUACGGGUUACCGGGUCACACUGACCCGAACCUGAUCACAAUUCUUCUUCAAGAUGAUGCGCCCGGGUUGCAGGUCUUGCAUAAGGGAAAAUGGGUAGCUGUCAAUCCCAUACCUAAUACCUUCAUCAUCAAUAUUGGAGAUCAAAUGCAGGUUAUUAGCAACGAUCGAUACAAGAGUGUGCUGCAUCGAGCCGUGGUGAACAGCGACAGAGAACGGAUUUCGAUCCCGACAUUUUACUGCCCCUCUCCCGAUGCGUUGAUAGGUCCAGCGCCGGAGUUGGUCGACAAUGAGGACCGACGACCGGCAGUGUACAAGAAAUUCACGUACCAGGAGUACUAUGACAAGUUUUGGAACAGAGGGCUUGCUACGGAGUGUUGCUUGGACAUGUUCGAAGUCUAGCCGAGUUGAGUUUUGUUCACCCUCUUCUUAAAAGGGUGAACAUUACCCUCCUCCCUAUUUGUUGAAAUGGUGUGGAUUCCACCAUAAAUUGAUGUCAUGCUUACCAAGAAGUAUAUUAUAUGGUAAGCAUGACAUCACUUUGUGGUGGGAUCCACACUAUUUCAACCAAUAGGAAGUAGUGUAACGUUCACCCUCUUUUAAGGAGGGU